AUGUAUAAGACUGUUAUUCUCGUCGUUCUCGUUCUUGUCGUUGGUGUUACGGGUGCUUCGUAUUCGUCCAACAUUCGUUCACAGAACAUUCAGCGUAUCACUCCUAGUCUUUAUCAUAAUAAUGGUGAUAAUGAUCUUUGUCUAACAUGCAUUAAUGAAGCCGUUGAAGCAAUCAAUGUCUUGCUCAAUUUAAUCCUUGACGAGGGUAUUGUGAGUAGUUGUGAUGACUUAUGUGGCGCUCUCGCCAACAGAACAUCAAAGGCAAUUGGUGUGGUUUGUGAUUUGGUUUGCGACGCUUUUGGUAUUGAUGAAUUCAUCAAAUUGAUUAUAAAGGUUGAUAUUGAUCCAAUUUGGUAUUGUGAAAUUGCAAAGAUGUGUCCGAUCAAUGACCAGGGUGACGCCAAAUUUACCGACUUCAAGAUUGCACCAAACACUGGUAAACGUGGUACUACAUUUGUUAUUGACUGUUCCUUUACAUCCAAGAAUGGAACGGGCACUAGUAUGCUUCGCAUUGAAUUUGUUGAUCCCGAGAAGCAAGUGUCGGGCAAUGAUUUCUUGAUCGAAGCGAAAAAACCUGGCACAUACACGGAGAAAAUUGGUAUUAAAAGUGAAGGUUUUGCAGUUGGUACCUACAAUCUCACAGCGCAAAUUUGUAAUGGAGAAUGUGGAUCGCAACAUCCCCAUUCGGCCAUCUAUGAUACAGGCAAUAGCUUGUUUGUGGUUACCAAAUAA